AUGGAAGAAGCCAUCAGACUUCUUUCCAGCAUCGAGCUCGACGAGUUCACGAUCAAGGAGGUCCAGAACGGCUGGGCAACGACCGAAAAGCGGCUGGGAGGGCCAAAGGCUGCUGGCGAGAAGGUCUUCCGCAAGCUGAAGAAGCAGGUGCCUCGAACAGAAGGCAUGCUCAAGAGGUCCAGCACCGUGUGGCACCUUUUGACGGACUUGCUGCAAGCUCUUGAUCAGCCGAAACUCCUCCAGAAGCGCCUGGAGUACAUCGCCCUGCGCCACAUGAACGCAGACAUCACCACGGCCGACAUCGAGGCCUUCCGCAACAUCCUCCUUGAAGUCUGUGCAUCAAGGCUUGGUGGGCUCAUAACUCCGGAGUUCCAGUUUGGCAUAGGUCAGGUCGUCGUCGCUGUGGGCACCUCGUUGGCCAAUACCCACGAACACUAUGCAGCGCGUCUGAAGCUGUUGACGUCCUGCUGGAAGGAGGUGAAUGCGGAAGAUGUUGAGGCCGCAGAUCAGCCGGAAGCAACCGCUCCCGAAGAGGGUGAAAGUGUAGAAGCGGAAGGCCAGCACGAAGAGUCGAAAGAGCCGACGAAGGUCGAGCAGAUGAAGAACAACACUGGCAUGGAGAAAGAAGGCGACCAGAAAAGCCGUGGAAAGUGCGAGGACAACUCGAACACGAAUGUUCCAAAGACCUUUGCAGCCAUGGCUCGGUUCAAUGCUGCUGUAAUGGGCAUCGGAGACCGUAUGUGGUUUGCUGACAUGCUCUACGCCAUGGAAUCCCUGGUGCCCUUCGUCGGCAACAUCGAUCGAGUUCAGGAAGACUGCGAUGUCUUGACCGUGACGCUGGCCAAGCAUGGAAAUGUGAACCUCAAGGAGUUUCGUUCCGUGAUGUUUGCCAGCCUGAGAUCCCUCCUGCCCACGACAUGGAGCUCGGAACACGAGAGUGCAUGGGCUUGGUUUUGGAGCAUUGUGGAGAACAAGGUCGAAAAGAAUGGUCAGCUUAUCGUGAGCAACCGCCAGUGCUUACGGACUUUCCUUGGCCGCUUGGAUGAGGCGACGCUCGCAGGAUUCAAGCUUCAGGUCUUUGACACUUUCUUUGCCAACUGCGAGGAGUCCCAGCUGUAUCUACGGGCAGCCAACAAGCGACUGGUGUACAUCAUGGGAAGGGUUCUGAAGAUCAUGUCCGAGAUCUACACGAAGACUCAUCAAGCUGUUAUUGCCUUGUCAGCUUUAGGGCUCAUGCAUGCAGGCCUUGGGAUUCCGGAGGAUUUGGUUCGCCCCUUUGUCCAAGCCUUCAUGGACACAGUCAAGCAAUACUGCUCUGAUGCGUCUCUGUAUGAUGGGCUGUGGUGGACUUUGGAUCUCAUGGGCAGGAUCUUCAUCCGGACCUUAGCAGAGGGCUCCACCCCCGUGAUCAUUGCCAUCAACAAGAACACUUCCAAGGACAUGCAGGCUGCUGUAGCGAACUACCCACGUGGUGAGCGUGAGGUGAUCUUGCUGCGAGUUCAGGUGGGUACCGAAUCCAUGUCUCCUCUAAUCUGGGCCGUGGAGAAGGGAGCCCUGGAGUCGGCCACGGCGAUUCUGAACGACCUGCUGACCAUUCGUGCAGAUCGGGAGCGGUACUACUAUGGCAUGGAAGCAUUGUUCAUCCGCCAUCCAGACAUCAUCAGCAUGCUUUGUGAAAAGGCGCCCUCGCUACUCCCUGCAUUAUUUGACGGGCUGAUUUGGCGGUCCAAGAAUGUGAAGAACGGAGCGCGGCGGGCGAACUACUACAUUGCUUCCUUCCUCAGUGACGAAGAAGGCCACUUGACCGAUUCGCUCCUUGACUUGAUCAAGCAUGGUGACCCCCAGAUCAUUUGCCACCCCACGGCAGUCUUUCAAGCCGACCUACUUUGGACUCGUCUUUGUUGCCUGCCCUGGGCUAUGACGAAACUAUGGUUCUGCAUCACUCUUUGGGUGUACAUCGUGGCCGAGCAGCAAGCUUUUCUGCCACGUGACCCAUUAAGCUCGGAGCGGUUCUCGGUGAUCCUUUGUCGGGCUUUCUUGUAUGUUUUUAGCCUGGGGCAGCUCUUCGUCAAGCACGGGUACCAAACGUACAGAGCCAUCCGUCAGAAGCAAACGGCGCGUUGUUGUGGAUGCCUGGCUGUGCCGAAAUACAUGCUGCAGACGCGCCAGGAAGUGGUCGAAGUAGUUCUGCUUCUCUUCCUCCUGUGCCUUUUCUGCUGUGAGCCAGUCCUCCAUUGCCUCGCAGUUAGCAACGAGUUGCUUACGAAUUGUUGCGAGUUUGGUGAAUGGCAGUGCAACCUCAUGCACACCUACAACCGCAUCGCUGCCUUCCCGGCGCUCCUGUACUUCGUGCUGGCAUGUGAGCUGGUGCACCUGAAUGUGCACCUGUCUGUCUUCAGUGUCAUCUGCUCGUGCCUGAUGUCAGAGUUCGUCAUGUACGUGGCAGCCCUUGUCUUCUUCACCGCUGCUUUCGCCUCGGCAAUCGCUUGCUUGCCUCAUUCCUUAGGCACUCAGUCUGUUCAGAUGAGGGACUUCUUCAGCUGGCCUAUGGCUUUCGAGUCCCUGUUGUCUAUGGCAUCUGGUGCUUAUGGCGGCAACAAGUACGAGGAGAUUGCCCAGGCAGAUGAGCCGUUGCUGAAGUGGCUGGUCAUGGGCUUCGCCGCAUGCUGGCAUGUAUACCUGAUGAACCUUAUGGUGGCGCAGUUAUGCCAGCGUUACAAUGAGCUCGUCCUUCAUGCACGAGGUAAUGCUCGGUUGACGCGUGGCAUCAACAUCUACGAGACCGCGAUGCCGUUGAUCUGCAAGAGGCGAUGGACGGCUUUCUUGACGUCCUUGAAACUGGAGGAAGCAUGCGAGCUCGACCAGGGUGACAACGGGCCCCGUGGUGCGGUGCCCACGACAGAAGACCCUUACGAAUACUUGCAGCAUCCCCAGGUGCCGUUAGAUCGGGUUCAGCGCUACGGAGGACUCGCAAGACCAGAUUUGCCUUGGCCCGCCUUGGAUGAUGCAGUGGAUGACAGCGACAUCGGCAAGUUGACGCAGAUGACGCGUACCAAGUUUGAGGAGAUGGACAGGCUCAUGAUGGACAUGGCUAUCAAACUCCAGGUUCGCCAUCCAGGGACGAGUUCCAGCGGCGCGUACUUCUCAGCUAUGAAUGCCUCCCAGCAGCGUGAUGAAAGCAAGCUUGCUGAUGAUCGCGAUGCCGGGGCCUUGAAAGACACGGCAGCCACCGAGCUGGAGGAAGAGUUUACAGAGGAGGCCGAGACGCUGAACGCGACUCCCUGCGACAUGAUCCCAGGCUCAAACCGAAGUCCUUUCGGGAAGACGAUGUGA